AUGGAGGAAAGACGGGUCGCGGAUUACUUUGUAGUGGCCGGAAUGUCGGAAAAUCCCAAACUGCUGAAGGAGAACAUAUUUAACGACUCGUCACACCUGCGAUCGGCCAGCUCAAUCGAUCCCAUAACAGACAUCGGAGUGUACUUUCCGUCGCUGGGUGAACAAAUCCCGGCCGACUAUGAAGUGCUCGAGAACACACCGACCGGGUUGCUGGCCGAUCUGAACUAUGGUUCCGUCCGUACGACGGCCUGUUUUAUCUACUACCGCCGGGGGAAGGAUAAACCGCCGCUGGUUGAUAUCGGUGUUAUGUACGAAGGAGCCGAACGCAUUAUGGCGGACGCAAGUAUGGUUCUGAGCACUCCCGGCGAUCGGGUGGCCAAUGUGAACAAUUCGUCCGCCAAAACAUUUCUCACAUUUCGGCGCGCCCCUACGAAUAUGCCUUGCAACGAACUCGUCGUCACCGAUCUGUGCGUCGUAGUGCCGUCCAAAGGGGAGAAACCACCGCAUGCCUUUUGCAUGAUCCACAAAACGCUCAACAAGGGCCUGAUGGGCAGUGAUGUGUUUCUGUGCUACAAAAAAUCAGUGAACCGCCCCAAGCUGAUCAGUUACGAGCCGGAAAUUCUACACCGCUACCCGACCGUCGAUCACAAGGAUUUCCCGCUCACCCUGUGCCACAGUGUACCGUUGUUUUGCUUGCCGAUGGGCACGACGCUGGAAACUUGGCCACACGUACCGGGAGGUGAUGGCAAGAUGAAACGGAAACCGAUUCAGCCGAUCUUUAGCACUUUCGUGCUCACCGUCAACGAUGGCACGUACAAAGUUUACGGUUCAGCCCUAACGUUCUACGAGGACUUCGAUGAAAACAACCUGAAUACUCAGCAAAAGGAACUGCUUGAGUGGACUGCGGAGUCGCCGAAAACUCAUUCGCUUCACGUCAAUAAGUCCAUUUGCCUGCUGUCGCGAUGGCCAUUCGGGGAUACAUUUGAGAAAUGGCUCCAGUUUUUACAUCAACUUUCCAUCGGCGACGAAAAUUUGCCAGUUCCCAUCGAACGGUACAUCACACACCUGCUCGACGAGGUGCCUUUCCCGUCACCGAGCAUCCUACUGCAGCUGUCGACGUUGAGUAACAAUCGCAUUUUGCUCACCCUUCCGGAAGAUUCACCACUCCCGCGAAGUGGGGCCGGAUUUCGUCAGCUGCUCUCCAACUUGGGCCCCGACAACUGUCUGCACGUACUGCUGUUGGUCCUGACGGAGCAGAAACUGCUCAUCCACUCGCUGAGACCGGCCAUUCUGACGGCCGUCGCAGAAGCGGUAUCGUCGUUUUUGUUUCCCUUCCGAUGGCAAUGCCCGUACAUACCGCUGUGUCCGCUGGGUCUGGCCGAAGUGCUACACGCACCGUUGCCGUAUCUGAUUGGUGUAGAUUCCCGAUUCUUCGAACUCUACGAGCCCCCGAAUGACGUGACGUGCGUCGAUCUCGAUACGAACAACAUCAGCCUGUGUGACUCGCAAAAGCAUCUGACGACGAAGCUGCUUCCGAAGCGGGCAGCGCGCACCUUGCGCCAAACCUUGCGUAACCUGGACGAGUUGGGCCAGGGCAAUGGGUCCGAUUCGAGCAACAGCUUGGAUCGGGAUCUGAAGAAGAGAAAGCGUGAGCAAAACCUCGAACAGCGCAUCCAGGAAGCGUUCCUGCAGUUCAUGGCGUCCAUCCUGAAAGGCUACCGCGACUAUCUGGUACCGAUCUCGAAAGCUCCCACUGUAGGGGCCACCGAUCCGACCGCCCUGUUUCGCAUGGAAGCGUUCCUACGAUCACGCGACAAAGCACAUCACAAAUUUUUCCAGCUGCUCAUGAAAACGCAAAUGUUCAUUCGGUUCAUCGAGGAACGCUCGUUCGUGUCCGAUGGUGACCACAAUUUGGCCUUUUUCGACGAGUGCACCGAAAAAAUAAGCGCCUACGAGGACACUUCGGCGGAAGUGAAACUGAUCGAGUGGGACGCCGGGCAGAGCAGUGAGACGACAAAAUUUGUCUUGCCACCCGAGUGUCAACCGGAGCUGAUGUCGCAGCAAAGCUAUCGCUACAGUUCCUUCGUGCUGGACUCCAUGCUGCUCAAGCAGUCGCGCCGCAGCAUGCUGUCUAAAGUGCUGCAUCAACAGCAGCAUCAUGGCGCACUGGCCCCGGGCUCACCGAUGGCACGGAGAACGAAGCACGAAAUUAAAACCGCUCAAAAACUGGCCCGCAAACAGCAGGCGCACCCGGAGCUUUGGGCCAAGCACCUGCUCGCCACAUGCUACUCCAUCUACUUUAUUGCACUUCCUAGCCUCAUAUCGGAGAGUAGUGGCCGCGAGCACGACGUGCUGAAGGCGGCCUACGAUUUGCUCAGCAAAGCCUCGAAACUGAAGGUCCAGUGCGAUGAGGUGUGCUACCGCAUCAUGAUGCAGCUCUGCGGGAUGCACAACCUGCCCGUGCUGGCCGUACGGUUGCACUACCUAAUGAAACGGUCCGGUAUCCAACCGAACGCCCUCACGUACGGUGUGUACAAUCGCUGCGUGCUGGAAGCGCAGUGGCCGGCAAACUCUAUGCUUUCAUCGCAGGUCCGAUGGAACCGUCUACGCAACAUCAUUCUGGGAGCGGCCCAGUUCAAGCGUGCCGGAAUGAAAUUCGCCGAUCGACGGCGUCGUUCGUUAUCGCAGGAAAACAAUUUGGGCAGCACACUGGAGUCGGUGAACGGCACCUCACGUACCAGUCUCGAUUCGGGCUACUCCCAGGCAGAGCCCGCCCAGGCUACCACCGCCAGUCCCGGACUGGAUUUCACUGCAUUUGACAAGCUUCGUGGGCGGUUGGGGGCCAUCGUGCGGCACACUACGUCGGGUGCCCAUCAAGAGCGCACAUCCGAUGUGCUGUCCAGUGCCGGUCUGCUGAUCAGUGGCGAUGGGCCGCAUCAUCACCACCAUCCGAAGGCAUCGAAGUCUACUUACAAAUCACCGCCCCCAAAGAACUCGUGCGACUUGAGUCCGCGCAUGCUGGCAAGGGCCGACAGUUUUGCGGGCGACUCCAAAUUUGUCGAUAAGCUGCAGAGACAAAAUUCUGUCGCCGUCGCCGCUGCCGGGGGCGAUGGAAUGAAAGCAAAGCGUGCCCUCGAUUUCCACGAGACUGAAAACAGCUCCCAGGAGGAACUGGAUGACACGAAAGGAAACACGAAAUCAAGCCCAACCAAGAUAUCUCCUAGGACAGUGGUUACACAAGACGAUCCGCUGGGAGCGCUGAAUGAUGAAGUGAUCAACGAGGCUGGACAACCGCAACCGUCAGCGGUGGCCACCGAUACAGAAUGCCUUUCUCGUCAGCUGAACAGCAACGACACGAUCUACACGGAUCAACCCAUUCUUUUCAAAGGACAACGAUCGGCAACGUUCGACGAUUCGCUGCAACUCAACAAAAGCAUGCAGCGCUCGGAAACGAUGCCCUCAACGACGGCGGCGAACGCAUCGCCGGCUUCGUCCGGCUUUGCCUCCCUUGGGUCGACGCUAAAGUUCAACUUUGGCCGUUACUCACCUGCACGUAUGUCCAUGAAAAAAGACUUGAAGUCGUUGUCGUCCAACAUGAUAGAGAACAUUUCCAACAUAAGCCCAAGUUUCACGGGCAAAAAAUCGAACGAGAUUUUUCAGGGCGGGCUGAGCAGCAUAAAAAAUGCGGCCACCUCGGUGGCCAAGAAGUUGGACGAAAUCAAAGAAGCCAUAUCGGCGAACACAACGCCCGUGAAGUCAACCGGUUUCAACAGUAGCGGAACGCAACCGGACCGUGAUGGGCACGGGUCGGAAAAUGACCUCCUGCAACACGACGAUUCGAUGGGCAGCGGCGGUGGCACACUGAACGGUUCCCGUUCGCGGCGUGUGUCCAGUGAGUUCGAUCUGUGGGGCCGUUUCAGUGAAUCGCGCAAGUCUAGCUACAACAAUCUUGUGCCGUUGGGAGAAAACACUGCCUCUACCGGUAGCUUGAACGUGUAUCCGAUGCUGCCGGACAACGUGUACCCGUCGGUGACCGAUAUUUCGGAGAACAAUGGCGCAGACUACGUGAUUCAAAUUACGUCCUGUUCGCAGUGUCACAACUGUUCGGUACUGCUGUACGAUGAAGACGUGAUGGCGGGUUGGUCGGCCGAAGAUUCCAAUCUCAACACCACCUGUCAUGCUUGCAAUAAAGUGACAGUGCCAUUCCUGAACGUGCAAGUGAUCCUCGACAGCCAGCAGCCGGAGGAAUCGCAGCAACCUACGACCACAGGCGCAGCACCACAGGACGUUAUCAGUGUGCCAUACUUGAAUCCGCUUGUGCUGCGCAAAGAGUUGGAAAACGUCCUCAGUCAGGAGGGCGAUAUGGCGCUCACGAACGGAACCUUCGUCGAGGAGCAUCCCAUCAUCUACUGGAACUUGGUGUGGUUCAUGGAGCGGAUAGACGUCUCCACCCACUUGCCGAGUCUUGUGCAGUCAAAACAGGUUAGCGAUGAGAAGGCCGAUCCGCUAAGUAUGCUGAAAACCGUUGUCGUCUACUGUUUGUGGGACAACCCACGGCUGCACUCUGAGGCCGGGCCGGCCAUGUACAUGCUCUGGCGACAGAAUCAACCGGACAGUACGUUGCUGAAAGCGUUACUCACCGAUCAAACGUCCAUCAACCGAACUGUGAUGCAACAAGUAAUCGCGUCGAUACGUUGUAACGAUUUGCUGACUCCCGUCAAACGGCUGGCCAACGAAAGGCAGAAGCUCAAACAUCGGGGCGUCGAUCGAACACACUCGAUCUACCGUGACAUGCUGUUCCUGGCGAUCGUGGAGAUCGGUCGGGCCGACGUCGAUCUGAUUUCAUUCCACCGCGAGUAUGCGGCCGUUUUCGAUAAGCUCGAGCUCGACAAGGUCGACACGUACUACCGAACGCAAGACCUGCCGCCAUCGACAACGGCCAUCUUCUGCCGGGCGUACUUUAAACCGCUGGUACUACCCUGACGACCGCUGCCGGUAGUUAAGAAUCCCCCGGCGUAUCACAGAUGUUCCGUGAGACAACGGUGCCGCGAUCGGACGGUCUCAUUCGUGGCGGAACACAGAGAAACGGUCGAAUGCUGCGCGGACUAGGGACACCGGGCGGGGCCCAGACUACUUACCGAGCGACACGGGAGUGCGGGAGGCGAUUUCGAUGCCAGACUCGAAGCAAAAACGCGGCUAUCGUCGACCGUCAUGUAUUUCUGCACCAUCCGUUUUAUUAUUGCAUUUGUUUUUCUUCAAAUCAUCCUUCUUUUACAUACUGAUUUAGAAAUAAACUGCUUACGGCACGUGGUGUUAAUGCCUGUCGACGAGGAACAGUUAGUUCCCUUCAAAAUAUCAUUCAUUUACAUUACAAAAUCAUCAGAGAUUUAUUAGGAUAUUUUAGAAAAAUACCCACUGUUCAUCCGGCACGCUGAGUAUCCGGCUUGAGAUGCGAGUUGGAAUUGAUUACAAUUAACUAUAAACUUCCG